UUAUAAUAACGAAGAGAACACAAAAAAGCACAACAACAACCAGCAACUGCAAAACAUAUGAUUUUUGUUUGUGUUCUUCGAUUUCUACUUGUCCUCCACACCAAUUCUCUCAAUCGUUGCUUUUAACGUCGUAAUAACAAAAAGCCAACUGUUGACAACAGCUGGAGCACAAAUACAGACGCAACGCACACACACACAGGCAAACACGCAUACAAAGACAGACAGGCUGUCUGCAUUGUUUAGUGAGCGAACGAGCGAUAGCGAUAACGAUAACGAUAACAAUAUCUGGUCGUCGGUUUGUGUGUGUGUCUUGAACAAAAUUAAAACGACGGAGCGAGUUGCGCUGCGUUGUUGAGUUGUUGAGGGCAAGGCGCUCCACAGUAUGUCCGCAGACUCGCCGCGACGCCAUCAGCAUCAGCAGCAACACUAUACGCACUCGCAUUCCCACUCCCACCACCAUCAUCACCAUACAGAUAGUCACAGUGGAGGAGGAGGCGGCGGCGGCAGCGGCAGUGGCGGAGGAGGAGCUGGCGGCGGUGGCGGCAGCAGCAAUAUAAACUUCAGAGGAGGCGUGGGCAUAGCCAUGCCAGCCAUAGUGCCGCCACAAACAGUUAGCGAUCGCUCCAUUUUGGAUUCGGCUAUUGGUUUCAUUAAUGAUGUCACGUUGGUGCAUCAGCCGCUGCAGGAUCCGAAAGAUACCAUCACCUGGGCACGCUUCGAGACCAGCGCCGAUGUAAGUGAUCCACGCUUUGGCGACGACUGGGAGCUGGAGGGCAAUGCGGCACCUCCAUUGCUGCUCAUACUUGGCUAUGGUCUGGGCGUACAGGUCUGGGCCAUACCCGCCAAUGGUGAGGCCGUCGAGGUGCUCUCCUGGCGUCAUGGCGUUGUCACAGCGCUGCGCGUGCUGCCGACGCCGGCCGCUGGUAGCGGAGGACUCGCGGACAAUGGACGCGCCGAUGUGCCAAUGGAUGCGUUUGCCGAGAAGCGUCCGCUGGUCGCGCUCGUCGAUGGCGGCAGCGCUGCUGCGAGUAAUCUACUCAGCGGCGGCCACACAGCUGGACACAGCUCACACAGCGGCGGCUCUGGCGGCUCCAGCGGCGGCGGCAUGGGCUCCCAUGGCAGUGGUUCACACUUCAGCGCUGUCAAUUUCGUCUCACUGAAGACGGGCGCUCAGGUGAAGACCAUUAAGUUUAAGAACGCCGUGCUGGAUAUACAAGCGAAUCGCUCCGCUGUGGUCAUUAGCUUCCACGAGCGUCUGGCGGUGUUUGAUGCACGCACGCUCGAGGAUCGCAUGACCAUAACCACCUGCUUCCCCAGUCCAGGCAUUAAUCCCAAUCCCAUUGCGCUGGGUCCACGCUGGCUGGCCUAUGCGGAGCACAAGCUGCUGCCCUCGAAGCGCAGCGGCGGCGGCUGCGAUGGCGAGGGUGUGCCCAGCUAUACGGCCACAGUUCUUAAUGCAGCCAAAUCCUUUGGCAAGGGCUUGCGCGAAUUGGGCGAAUCGGUGGCCGCCGGUUUGACUGGCGCCACCACCGCCGGCAGUGGCAACAGCUCUAAAAGCAGCAGCUUUGAUUCCGCCUGCGGCGGCCCCGAUGCCAAGCAGUCGGGUGUCGUUACCAUCAUAGAUGUCAAGCAUCCCAUUAAGGACUACAGUCCGACGACAGGCACACCGCUGUGUGCUAUGAGCGCACAAUCCUCAGCCGCAGCGUCGUCCUCUGGGGCGGGCGGUGGCGAUCCCAUUAUAGCGCAUUUUGUGGCGCACAGCGAGGCUCUGGUGGCCAUGGAGUUCGAUGCGUCGGGCAUGCUGCUGUUAACGGCAGAUCGACGUGGCCAUGACUUUCAUGUGUUUCGCAUACAGCCGCAUCCGGUGGGCUCGAGCCUGGCUGCAGUGCAUCAUCUGUAUGUGCUGCAUCGCGGCGAUACGAGCGCCAAAGUGCAGCACAUUGCAUUCUCGCUGGACUCGCGCUGGGCGGCGGUCUCCACACUGCGCGGCACCACCCACGUCUUCCCCAUUACGCCCUACGGCGGCGCCAUGGGCGUGCGGACGCACACCUCGCUGCAUGUGGUCAACAAGCUGUCGCGCUUUCAUCGCAGCGCCGGCCUAGGCGCCGACGGGCGCUCCAGCUCGCCCAUUUCACACUCGGAGAGCACCACGUUUGUGCAGUCGCUGCAGCCGUAUCAUAAUCCCACAUUGCCGCCGUUUCCACGGCCGACGGUGGUGCAGCCGCUGGCCCAGCUGCGUCAGCCCUUUGUGCUGGGCUCGCCACCUGGCGGCGUGGGCUUGGGCCAUGUGGGCGGCUCUGCCGGCUCGGGCGGCGGCCACGCUGCUGGCCACAGUGGUCACGGCGUGAGCUCGCAUCAGCGUCAACGCCUUUCAUCGCUGUCGGACGACAGCGGCAAGCCCUUGAGCGUUUGCGCCACCUUUGCCAAGUCGCGUGCUUGGCUGCUGGAGCCGCCGACAGCGACGCGCGAGGCGCCGCAUCGACAGCAGCGCAAGGCCGUCGACUCGCUCUUUGUUAUGGCCGGGCAUGGCGCGCUCAUCCAGUACGAUCUGGACACGAAAUUAGCCUCACAUGUUGCCAAAGAGAAGAUUUGUGAUGAUACGCCCAUUGAGCUGGAGGUGGAGGCCAAGGCGCAGUGGAAUUUGGGGCGACGCAAGGAUGGAUCUCAAGAAAUCAUACCACCGCUAGCGCUGGACAAUUGGCUAAUUAAGGAUCGGCAUGCCAGUCUGCUGAUGGAUAGUGCUAAUCACUUUGACGAUAACGAUGAGCGUGCGGAAAGCUGGCUCUCCCAGGUCGAGAUAAUCACGCAUGCCGGACCACAUCGUCGCCUCUGGAUGGGGCCACAGUUUGUUUUCAAAAACUAUAAUACGCCCAGCGGCUCCAAUUUGAAUCAUGUGGAUGCGGAGGCGGUGGAAAUUGGUGUUACCAAAAGCUCAACCACAACGUUGCCCUCAACUGCCGCUGGCAUCGCUCAUGCUGCGCCCAGCGGCGCACAUGUUGCCCACACGGAGCACUCAAGUCCACUGACUAUGCCGCACCGCGAACCUGUGGCGCCUCUACUGCCCGCCGGUCGCAGUGGCGUGCCCGUGCUCAUUGAAUCCGGCUCAUAUAGCAGCAUUGAGCAGAGUCCCAAGCUAAUGGAUCGCUUUCGUCACGGACACUUGGACUCGGACUAUGGCCAUGGGGAUAUGCGUCUAAAGGAGGAUCUAGCCGAUGCCAUGCGUGAAUCACCAUCAACAGCAGCAGCUCGUCGCGAAACUGGCAAUUUCUUUGGCAACGAUCAGCUGGAUGGCCUGGCCUACAUUAUCAACAACAACAGCAGCAACAAUAAAAACAACAACAACAACAAUCACUUAAUAAACAAAACUGGCAGCAAACAAAUUAAAAACAGCAUUGCUAACAAUAUUUUAGCACAACAGAAGCAACAGCAACCGAAAGCAGCAACUGUUGCCAACAGCAGCAGCAGCAGCAGCAGCAGCAACUUGUUGGCCAAGCCGCAAAGCAACACAGCAGCCGUUGGAAUAGACGGCGAACUGGCCACAGUGGUGAACAUCGAUGUCUUUGAUGAUCAGCUGAGCUUGAGCAGCAUCAGCACCAACAGCCGCUUGUCGCUCGAGGGGCCGCCGUCGCAGUCGUCGCCACCAUUAAGUCUGACCAACGGAGGACUCAUCGAUACGAAUCUGAUGUACUUCAGCGAGAGUGCCGCCGUUGUUGCUGUCGCCGAGGAUAACAGCGAGGAUGCUGGCGCUGCCACGCCCAAUUUGUGAGAGUUGCUACGGAGCUUGCAUGCUGAGAACAUCAAAUUGCGUCGACUCUUGUUGCAUGCAACAGCGUUUCAGAAAUAGUAAACAGCAAACUGUUGCUUAAAUCCUUAAAUUGCAAACACAGAUCCCCCCCUUUCCAUAAUGCAAAUCAGCUUAAUUUUAAUACGGUGCUUGUUUUUAUAAAUUUUAUGUAUUUAAGUGCCAAAAUGGCAACAGCUGCUGCCAGAGAGCGAGAGAGAACGAAAGAGAGAAAGACCGAGCGAGAGCGCGCGAGGGAGAGGGAAAAGGUUGUGAGUGUCUCAGCUGCUGUCAUUGAGCCAUUUAGCUAUAACUUCUAUUUCAUGCUCCUGUUUAUUAUAUUAAUUAAUUAGUUAACUACAAUUUGGCAACUGUUUUAUAUACUUUGUUGUUAAGAGAAAAGUGUUUUGCAUACAAUAUACAUAUUAAAUGAAUAUAGAUCAGAUCAGACCUCAGCUGAAUGCCGUGAUAUUUAAAAUAAAAUUUAAACAAACAAAAUAAUAAUACUAUAUAU